AACAUGCAGUUUGGGUGUGGAGAUAACCACACAACCCAGUGCAAGGAUUCGGUUAAAUAAACAUACUGACAAUGUCUCGACCCAAAAGAGCGGAUAUGGUGGACUCUCUGGCAGGCUUCAGGGCGGAAAAGACCGAACCCUCUGUUCCUUACGGUCUGCUGAAGGCAGCCCGGAAAACCGGCCAUCUUAACCUGUCCGGCCGAGGUCUGACAGAAGUCCCUCAGAGUGUGUAUCGUCUAAACAAUGACACACCAGAGGAGGCCCAGCAGAAUUUGUCCUUCGGAGAGACAGAUCGCUGGUGGGAACAGACUGACCUCACCAAACUGCUGCUUUCAUCCAAUCAGCUAACACAUCUGUCAGAUGACAUCAGACUACUGCCUGGACUCACUAUACUGGAUCUCCAUGACAACCAGCUGAGCAGUUUACCAAGCGCUUUGGGAGAACUACAGGAGCUCCAGCAACUGCGCCUCAGUCAUAACCAGCUGAGAUCACUGCCAGUGGAGGUGUGUACUCUCAAGAACCUCUGUAGCCUCACACUCCAACAGAAUCUGCUGGAGAGCCUGCCGGAGGAACUCGGACAGCUGGAGAACCUGACUGAGCUGGACCUGUCCAACAACUACCUGAAGGGCCUGCCAUCCAGCCUGGGCCGACUCACCUGUCUGCAGAAACUGAACCUGUGUCACAACAAGCUCAGUUGUCUGCCUGACUGUCUUGCCCAGCUCAAAAAUGUUAAGGUGUUGGACUGCAGCAAUAACCAGCUGACUGACAUUCCCGCAAGCCUAUCAGAGAUGCUUGCUAUGGAGCAGCUCUACCUCAGACACAACAAGCUCCGCCUCCUCCCAAAGCUCCCUGCACCUUUGCUCAAGGAUUUGUAUGUUGGGAACAAUCAGAUUGAGCAGUUGGAGACGGAGCAGCUGGCCUGCCUGACAGCCAUUUCUCUUCUAGAACUCCGAGACAAUAAGAUCAAAACCCUCCCGGAACAGAUUACCUUAUUGAAAACACUCACACGCCUCGACCUCACCAACAAUGACAUUGCCAGUCUUCCAGCAUCUCUCAGCCUGCUGCCCAAUCUGAAGGUGUUACUGUUGGAGGGAAACCCUCUGCGAGGAAUCAGAAGAGACCUGCUUACUAAAGGAACCACUGAACUCCUGAAAUAUUUGAGAGGAAGAAUCAAAGACAAGCCUGAGAGAGCAGAAGAAGGACAUACAGCCAUGACAUUACCCAGCCAGGCCAGGGUCAAUAUACAUAACAUUAAGACUCUUAAGUUAUUGGUGUACAGUGAGAAGCAGGCAGUUAAUAUUCCAGAUGAGCUUUUUGAUGCUGCAGAAGAUCAGGGUAUUACCACCGUUAACUUCAGCAAGAACCAGCUGACUGCCAUACCAUCCAGACUGCUGGAGUUCCAAUCCUCAGUGUCAGAUAUCAAUCUGGGUUUCAACAGACUGACCUGCUGUUUUCCUGACAUCAGCAAGUUACUGCAGCUGAUCCACAUCGACUUCAGGAAUAACCAGCUGAGUGAUUUACCACCUGAAAUGGAAAACUUAACUAAACUACGCUCCAUUACCCUCAACUACAACAGGUUCAAGUCCUUCCCUGAAGUCCUCUAUCAGAUAGUUUCGUUGGAGAUGGUGUUGCUUGGUAACAACCAGGUGAAUGGGGUGGACCCAUGUCGUCUGAUAAAGUUGGUUCAUUUGUCGACACUGGAUCUGUCAAACAAUGACCUGCUGAACAUCCCCCCUGAACUGGGCCUGUGUACCAGCCUCAGCUGUCUCAAAUUGGAGGGGAAUCCUUUCCGCACACCGAGAACAGCCAUCGUGGCCAAAGGAACAGAUGCAGUGAUGGAGUACCUCCGCAGCCGCAUACCUACAUGACCCCUGAUCACAGCUGAGACGGCCUCAGGGCCAUGAUCAACACGGAUCUUUUUUGGGCUUGCAAUUCCUCCUGCAAGUCGACAGUUGGGAUUUCAUCAGAUAUUGAGAAGCAAACCAGUAGCCAAAGCCAAACAAUGAAAAUCAGAAUUUCAAUAUAGCUGCAGUUACCUGGUUUGAGAUGGAUGAAUUUUAUGAAGAUUUCUGGACAAUCACAUGCAAUUUUAUGCCUACAUGUUGAAAAGAGCCAAUCACAAACACUUUUCUGAAUAAAGUUGUUGCUAAGAAUAAUAAGUAGAUUUGUUUAUGGUGUUGUAGUAACAGCUCAUGAACUAGUCCAAGCUCUGUAAGAAGUACUUUUCACAGUCUCAGCCACAGUGUCUAUUAAAACGCAGUUUUAAAGCAGAAACUCGUUUUGUCAGCCACUAUGUUUGGUGUUCACUCUCAAAAUAAGAUGUGCAUAGAAUAAAAAAAAUCUGUCACACCACUUCUAUGUUUCCCCCGUUUGGUCAAGUGUGGUAUGCUGACCUCUUUUUACCACCCAUCAUAUCCCAUGUUUAAAUAAACUGGAAAC